AUGUUGGCUAUUGGAGACACCAUCUUGAGAGCUCUCAACUUUGUCUUUUUGGUAAUUGCCCUUGGUUUGACCGGAUCGCUUGCCGCCUCUACGGUUUACCAGCUGAACCCACAGGUUAACUUUGGAGUGUUUGCUGCUGCUUUUGCACUCUUGACCUCGUCGUUCUACGGCAUCUUGGCCUACUUGUUUGCUGCGUUUGCCUGGCCAGUCAUUUUGGCCAUUUUCGACUUCUUGAACAUCAUCUUCACAUUUGCAGCAGCCACUGCAAUUGCUGCUGGUAUUCGUGUUCACUCUUGCAGCAACCAGUCGUACUUGGAUGGCAACAAGAUUGCUCAAGGUGAGACUGGCAGAUGCAGAAAGGCCCAGGCCUCUGUUGCUUUCCUCUACUUCUCCUUCUUCAUCUUUUUGGCCUCCGGUUUGUUCUCGGUGAUUUCUGUUGCCAAGGGUGGUUUGUUCGGUGGACGUACCUCCGCUCCAAGAGUCGGUGUGCCAUCAGUGUCGCAGGUGUAA